AUGCACCGUUCUUGGUGGAUGGAGAAUGGCCCAGGCUGUACAGUGACAUCUGUGACUCCAGCCCCAGAAUGGGCACCAGAGGAUCAUCGUUACAUCACUGUCUCAGGGUGUUUGCUUGAAUACCAGUAUAUAGAAGUGGCUCACAGCUCCCUUCAGAUCUUCCUUGCACUGGCAGGGUUCAUCUAUGCCUGUUAUGUUGUGAAAUGUAUUACUGAAGAAGAGGACAGCUUUGAUUUCAUAGGUGGAUUUGACUCUUACGGCUAUCAAGGCCCACAGAAGACAUCUCAUUUACAGCUACAGCCCAUGUAUAUGUAA